GUCAAACAUUUCAGGUUACCAUAUGCAUCGAUUGAUGAGAUAAGCGGCUCCAUAUUUUAUGGACGGUGGAUGUAGUUUGCCCUUGCCUGAUGCAUAUCUAGAUUUCUUGAAAGAGAAUGGGAUCGAUCCUUCAAUCUAUGUUUUAUGUGAUUCAACCCCACGGUACAUAAGGAUAAAACCAGGUAGUGAAGAUCAGGUCCAAGAGGUAGAAGAUGAGAUCAAAUGUAAGCUUGAGAAAGUGGUUUGGUUGCCAGGGUUCUUUUCCAUUCCACCAUCUAUUCAGAUUUCCAGCUUGAAGGCAUAUCAGGGUGGGAAGAUAUAUGGAAUGGAUGCAGCAUCUGGAGCUGCUGUUUGGGCUUUGAAUGUCUCACCUGGAGAUCAUGUCCUUGAUCUCUGUGCUGCUCCCGGUGCGAAGCUGUGUAUGCUCUUGGAUCUGCUUGGUAGGUCAGGUUCGGUAACAGGGGUUGAUGUUGCAAGACAUCGUUUAGCAGCUUGUCGAACAAUGCUACAGAAAUAUGCCUUGGGGGAUCAUUGUCGACUCUUUGUUGCAGAUGGAACAACUUUUUCACUCCUACCUUUGGGUACUCAGUGGGACACUGAAUCAUGUGCACCAGAAACCGAGGAGAAAAUGAAUGCCUUCAAGGAGUGGACACCUAGAAGACCAUGGAAAGAAAGAAAACGUGCUAGUAAAGCUAGGAAUAAUAAUGCUUCAGAAUUAGUUCCAGGGGCUCAAGAACCAGAUAUGAUAUUCUAUGGGCGAUGUUCAGGUGUGGUUGGCCUUACUAAAAAUGGAGUACUUAAAAUUUCCAGUGACAAUGAAGCUUUGCACUUUGGCUAUGAUAAGGUUCUUGUAGAUGCAGAAUGUACGCAUGAUGGGUCAAUUCGGCAUAUCCAAAAGUUUGAAUAUUGGGGCUGGAAAACUCUUCAACGUCGAGUAUUGGAUGCACAGAGAACAGAUACCUUGACCCACCUCCAGUUACAGCUUCUUAUUAACGGUUUCAGAUUGUUAAAGGCUGGAGGGUCACUUGUUUACAGCACUUGCAGUUUAACAACUGCUCAAAAUGAAGAUGUAGUGGAAAAGUUUCUUUCACAAAAUGCUUUUGCUGCAGAACUACAGGAGAUUGAUGCUGCCAAAAACUGGCCUUGUAGAAGCGGGCGGAUACCAAAAACCUUGCGCUUUGACCCUUCAACAUCUCAAACUAGCGGACUUUUUGUUGCAAAGUUCACAAAAACAGUGUCUUAGUCAAGUAUGUGAGUUUAUAAGAUAUUUCAAAGGUAUAGGAAAUACGGAGUUGGCAUGAGAACAACGGAAAAGCUAUAUAAAGUUUGGGCUGGAGAUAGAUUCGUUCACCAAUGAAAGAGUUCACAUUUUGUUUGAAAAGAGUGUCAGUGUGGAUCCCAUGACCCAUUAUGUGAGAGGGAUGCCUAUCCCGUAAAGUUAUGCACUUCUCAUAGGUUGAUGAAUCAAGUUGGGGAUUGUUUCAUUUAUAAAAAUUUUAAAUUUCAUUGUAUUUUUUUUUUUUUUAAAAGUGGGAUGGUGGGGUCAUGUGAAACACUAACUGCUCAUGUUGUUUGGAAUAUAUAUGAGCGUGAUCUCAGAAUCCAUUUGGCCAAGCAGCUGGGCAAAGAACACAAAUAAAUACAGGGGGCACCAGUGGAUGGAAUGGUUGAA